AUGAGUGACACUGUGGAGCCGUCAUUUGGCAAAAUAAAAGGCUACACGAAGUGGGUGAGGAAGGAUCGUAUCGGCAGGGCAGGUGGAGGUGUGGCUGUUUGCUUUAAAAAUGGCCUCCAGACCCAGGAACUGUCAGUAGACCUUCCUCAGCAAAUGGAAGCACUUUUCUUCCGAAUAGUGCUGACUGACAACAGUGGCUUGCUGCUCUGUGUACUAUAUCGCCCCCCCAGGCAAGGCCGAUUCUCGCUUGACUUCCUGGCGGAGGAGAUGGACAACUUGCUCCAACGCCACGGCUGCAAGAACGUCCUCAUCGUGGGAGAUCUAAAUUUCCAUCUCGAGCAGCAAGCUUACAACAACUUAGUGACAGUGUCCGGCCUCACCAACCACGUCACAUUUCAGACCCACGAAAGAGGAGGCCUGCUCGACCCAGUAUUAUCAGACCUCCCGGAAGAAAGAAUAUUGUGUCAGCAGCUGGAUAAAGUGGGUAGUUCGGACCACCACGCCGUACUGACGAAGAUCCAGCUACAUGUGGCGAGGGAAAAAGCUGCACCUCGAACCAUCUGGCUAUGGGAGCAAGCUAGCUGGCGUGACAUGAGGGGCGCACUGACAGCCACAGACUGGCAGACGGUGCUCACGGGAGACGCGGAGGAGAUGACUAACGCUCUCACCUCAAUCCUGGCCACACUACAGGACCGCCACGUCCCUCACCGCACAUACCUCGCCAAGGCCACAAACCCCCAAUGGUUUGGCUUCCGCUGUCAGAUAGCUGCCGAAGCCAAGUAUGCAGCAUGGAGGAGAUACAAGCAGCGCCCGUCACAACACAACCUCACCAUGCACCGAGCUGCUUGUAAGAGAAUGACUGACACCUCCAAGUGGGCGAGGAAACACUGGGAGCAAGACCUCAGGAGAAAGCUCACAGGCCCAGGAGUUGGAGAUAAGACGUGGUGGACACUGGUCAAGGAGAGGCAGGGUGUGAUGCGGCAGGAGAGCGUGCCCCCCCUCACCAGGCAGGACGGAACCACUGCCUCAAGCAGUGAUGACAAGGCUGCACUCCUGGCAAAAUUAUUUGCAGAAAAAAUGCAGGUUGAGUGCCCCACACGCCCCCCUCCAGUGCUACCCCGGGAGACAGCGCACACCAUCACCUCAAUACCCAUCACCACGGAGCUGGUGGAAAAAGCACUCGGGCAACUGGACGCAGGGAAAGCCACGGGCCCAGACGGAAUCAGCCCCCGGGUGCUGAAACAAUGUGCCAGGGAACUGUCAGUGCCUCUUGCUGCUAUUUUUUCUGCCUGCCUGGCAGAAAAAAAGUGGCCAGCAUCCUGGAAGGAGGCAUACGUGGUCCCUGUGCAUAAAAAAGGGUCCAAGUCUGACCCAAGGCACUACCGACCCAUCUCCCUGCUGUCUGUGAUGGGUAAGGUGUUCGAAAACUGGUGGCAGCCGUCAUAUGGCAGCACCUGGAUGAACACCAGCUUCUCUCACCCCACCAGUUCGGGUUUCGGCCAGGUCGAUCUACUUCCGAUCUCCUUCUCCUACUCUCCCAGGAAUGGCAGGACACCCUUGACGAAGGCCUGGACACGCUCGUAG